AUGUACAUCCCACACAUCACACGCACCCUGGGUACCCUGACCCUCAGCCCACAAGAGAUUAUACUACUCAGAAGAGCAGAAUCGGCCCCAACCUCAGUCAACAAGGAAGGUUUCUGGCAAGUACAGUUUAAUUUCUGGGGCACGAUUCUCGCUUUUGUGGUGGCGCUCGGGAUUAUUACGGGACUCCUUACUUGGUGUUUGGUAUGUAGGGGAAAGAGGAUGCAGAAGAAGAUUGCGAGGGAGAAGGAAAAGGAGAGGGAGAAGGAGGAGAGGGAGAAGGUGGAGAUGAUGGAUAGGGUUGUGGGGAAUGAGGGGGGUGUGGGUAGAAAUGGGACGGUGAGGAAAAGUGAGAUUAGUCGGCCAUUUGCUGCGCAGAAGGGUAGUGUAAAUGAGGAGGGAGAGUUUAAGAGAGCUGGUUAUGGAGAGGAAGAGGGAGUCUGGGGAUUGGAGAAGGAAUUGGGGAUGACGAGGGGCAGGGAUAUGAAUAUGGACAGUCUGAGUCGUCCACCAAGUUAUCAUUCUUCUAGGGAUGAGGAAAAAAUGGAGGUGGCUCGAGAUAUGACAGGUGAUGGAAAUGGAAAUUCGGAAAAUGCAUGGCGCAGGAUCGAAGUCAACGGAACUAGUUAUAUGGGGAGGGAAAGAGGUGAAUCGGCUUAUUUGGAGGGAAGAGAAAUUAAAGAUAUGUAUUCUUGA